ACCAUCUUUGAAAGUUCCUUAUUUUACAAUCUCCACAAAAACAUCAAAUUUAUAUGGUUUCAACCAUACUUUCCCCACUAUUAAAUACCAACAACUUGUAAGUAUAUAUUUCUAAACCAACAAAGGUCAAAAUAGUCAAAAAAGACAAAUCCAAAAGAGGUUAAAACCACCAACAUUGUCACUUGUCCCACUUCAUCAUGCACUAACUCCAUCUUUAGUGCAUUCCACAUGUAAAUUUUCUAUUUUUCCAUCCAAGUAUUGUCAAUACAAUAUUAUCAAAACUAUUUCUUCUUUUUCUUGUAUCAGUUGUGUCUGUCACGCACAAAAAAGUAUUUAAUAGGAAAGUUUUCUACCAUUUUCAUAUAUUUUUAUAAAAUGUUUUGAGCACGGUGCAUACAUUAGUGUGCAUUUGUGUAUACGCAUGUACAUUGCUGUGUGCAUUCUUGUACAUUGUUGUGUACAUCCAUGUACAUUUGCGUACAGCCUUGUGUUUAUGUACAGGGUCAACUAAAUUUAUCUAAAUUACUAAAGUGUGGCAAGUGACAUUCUUUUGCAUUGGGCACCCCAUAAUUAUAAAACCAAAUUACCAUUUAAUUAUUUCCCCGGUACCGAAUUGCAACUCAUUCGUGACGUCACUGUCGUCAAUCAACAACCAUGGCGGAACAAGAGAUGAUGUCACUAAUUAAAAAGCUUCGAUCUACGAAUGCGGCAAAUCUGACAAAACGGUGCAACAAAGCAAUACGUGCUAUUGAGGAGCAACGUUCCAAAGCCACUUUGAGGGACUGUGCCGAAAUUGUUCAAGCCGAUUUAGACACCCUGAAGGGAACACAAGAACUUUAUUUGUCGCUACUGACAACACCGUCUGACGUCCAAAAAGCGGAAGACUGGAUGAAGGACAGAUUUGAACAUGCUUGUCAAAUUACGCGUGAUAUCUCAACCCAAUUGUUAUCUGAUGACCUUCAAUCUCACACCACCGCUGGUACCAGUGACCUGUCUGAAUCUGUCUCGUCGCAUCACAGCCUUGGUAAGCCUUACGAGACAACUCGGGACCAACUUCAGAGGGACAUUCGAAUCGUCCACAAACAAGCGUCCAUAAAGGCAGAGAUGAAUGCCUCCAGACUACGAGAAGAGGUAGAGCUGGGAAAGGUGAAACAAAAGGAGAUUGAAGAUUGGUUGAAGGAACACAAACCACCACCAGACGUCCGACCGAAGACAGCCGUGCAAGCUACAGAAGUUACCGCAGCAGAACGAUGAUUGCAGAACGGCAACUUGAUGACAACACAACUACGCGAAAACCAAACCAUGUUUCCAAAGUCAAGUGUCCACCAGCAGCUACCGCUACACGUGAUCUUGAAUCCGCGCAUGUGAUGUUUAAAGACAAACCUGACAUUCCAUACAAAGCAUCCGCCAUUAGAAAUCAAACUGCGCCAGUCUCUAGGUAUUUCACACCCAGUGCAGCACAUUAUGUUACGCCAGGCUUUGAAUAUCGUGCCAUGUCUGAUGGAGUCAACCGACCUGAUGUGAAGAAAACUGAGCUAGAUCCUGAAUCACCCGCAUGGGAGCCGCGACCACCAAUCGAUGAGUGGAUUGACAAAUUGGUAGCUGGACAGGAGACGGUGCUGCCAAAGCAGAAGACAACUCAACAUGAGGAUCCUAUGUUGGCAGCAUUGGUAAAACUAGAGAGUGACCGAGGUCUACCCGCUACCCAGAUUCCUGUCUUCGAUGGCACUGCCCUCUUAUGGCCAAAGUUCGUUGAGCAGUUUUAUACUCAAGUGCACUGUAAGCCUGGGAUCGAUGAUGCGCGCCGCAUGGAUCUGUUACAGUCACAUGUUUCCAAGGACGCACUAACGAUGAUCAGAGGGAUAGGAUACAGCGGUCGAUGCUAUGCUGAUGCACUGAAAGAACUUAAGAGAGCCUUUGGUCACCGGAACCAAGUCGCGCGCGCAUAUCUUGAUUUAAUUACCACUGGAAACACCAUACCAUCAAGGAAUUCUAUUGCGCUGCGCCAGUUCUUCGUCGAUAUCAGAGACUGCAUAAUAACAUUAACUCAGUUGAACUAUACCAGUGAUAUGCAAGGAACUGAUCUACUUCUGAGAGUGUCAAGACACAUCCCAGUUGAUCGCAUCCGAUUUUGGAACCGCCACGUAUCCGGGAUCUCCAAGACCAGGGAACCAUCCAUACUUGACCUGCGCAACUGGUUGAAGGAAUGUGUGGAUACGGAAUUCAACCCAUACUCCGUCAAGUUAGAAACCUCCAAAGGAAAGACUCCAGCCACAGCUUGCUCAUACAACACUGCCUUUCAGAAAACAAAGGAAAAGUCUGAGAAGUCACGAAAAGGAGCCGGGACAAAGGAAAAGCCUAAAAAGUCCAGUGGUGUAGCCAAGCAGCCAGAGAAGUCCUAUAAUGGAACCAGAGAUGCAGAUAAUCCAAAGAAAGCUGUACCAAAAGAAGGCGACAAGAAACCAAUCUCAUGUCCACUCUGUAAAGAACCGCACAGACUCUAUCGUUGUUUCCUGUUUGUAAACAAAAGGCCGCAUGAGAGAAGCAAGAUUGCUGAGGACAACAAAAUCUGUCUGAACUGUCUGCAUUCAAACCAUGAACUUAGUCAAUGUUUAUCAAACCUGCGUUGCCGCGAACCAGGAUGUCAGGAAAAACAUCAUACUCUCCUCCAUCCCGAUGACAAGGAUCCUAAGAACAACUACGCCAACAUUGCUGAAAAAGGUAGCCGAAAGAGUCUGUCGCACGCAUAUUUUCAACUCGUCCGAGUCAAUGUGAGCGGUAGAAACGGAAGAUGCCUUCCCACCGUGGCUAUGUUGGACUCUGCCAGUGAAAUCACCGUCAUACAUCAACAAUUAGCGCAAGAUCUUGGGUUGAAAGGCAAGACGAAGAAACUCACCAUCAAAACUCUGAAUGCGGAAUCAUCAUCCAAGUCGCAGACCGUGUCAUUUACUAUGAGGGCUGCCGGUGAGGAAUCAGCACAAGUAUUGGAUGUCAGCGAUGCAUGGACGGUUGAUAUUGAUGCCUUCAAAUGUCCUCCUCAGCAAAUAUCUACAUCUUGGGAUCAUAUCCAGGGACUUGGGCUGACCGACAUUGAUGCGUCAGAGGUGCAGUUAUUGAUUGGAGUAGACGUCCCUUUGGCACACGUCCAGACCGAUACCAGGAUGGGAGACGAAACCGAGCCAAUAGCAGUGAAAACUCCACUUGGAUGGAUGCUGAUGGGGAUGUCAAAGACUCAAGAUUCACACAAAGCCGUGGCAAACAUCAAUUUCAUCACCAGUAGAGACCAACAGCUACAUCAAGACAUCGAGAAGUUUUGGCAGACAGAAUCCUUUGGCGUCGCCUUCACAACUGAAACUCCACUUUCUGCAGAAGACAAGAGAGCUACUAAAAUCCUUGAAGAGACUACUCAUCUCGUAGAUGGCCAUUACGAAGUCGGAAUGUUAUGGAAGGAUCCUGAUGCUGUUCUACCAAACAACAAACAUAUCGCUGUUCGCCGAUACCAUCUGUUAGAAAAGCGCAUGAAGAAAGACUCUGAAUUUAAAUCUCUGUACGCUGAUACGUUGAAUGGUUACAUUGAAAAGGGAUUUGCCAGGAAGCUGUCAGUCAUCGAGGCCGAGAAGAUUUCACCAAAGACUUGGUACAUUCCACAUCACGGCGUCAUGAAUCCGAACAAACCAGGCAAAAUACGAGUGGUAUUUGACGCAGCUGCAACCUGCCAAGGCACCUCUCUCAACCUCAACUUGAUGACUGGACCGGACCUGCUCAACGGCCUAUUUGGAAUCCUUCAACGCUUCAGACUGUACUGCAUAGCCAUGUGUGCCGACGUCGAAGGGAUGUUCCACAUGGUAAGAGUGCCAGAGACUACAGAUGCAGACGCCUUGCGAUUCAUUUGGAAAAGCGACAUUGAUGCUCCAGGGCCUCCAGAAUCCUACAAGAUGUUAGUCCAUAUAUUCGGCGCCACCGAUUCUCCAACCUGUGCCAACUAUGCUCUACAGAGAAGUGCCAAGGACAGCCGAGACCAGUACAGCCAACAAGCCGUUGACACAGUCCUUCGCUCCUUCUAUGUUGAUGACGUCGCAAAAUCCGUUGAUUCCGUACCAAUAGCCGUUCCACUCGCCAAAGAGGUAGUCAAUAUACUAAAAGGGGGAGGCUUCAGGCUGCAUAAAUGGAUCUCCAAUAGCAUGGAAUUUCUACAGCACAUCGAAGAGUCUGAGCGAUCGAUUCAAGACCUUGAAUUUGCGGCAAAAGAGUCGAGUAACAUACAGCGAACAUUAGGCCUGAAAUGGGACAUCAAGAAGGAUAUCUUCAUCUUCAAGUGCCAACCCAAAGACAACCCACUUACCAAGAGAGGCGUCGUGAGCACCGUCAGCUCGAUCUUUGAUCCGUGCGGAUAUCUGGCUCCAUUUAUAAUACGCGCAAAGAUCUUUGUACAAGAAUUAUGGAGGAGCGGAUUGUCCUGGGACGAGCCACUGACAGAAGAGUUGUCUACCAAAUGGAGCAGCUGGUUACAAGAUUUGCAGCAGUUAUCAUCUUUCAAGUUGCCGAGACAUCACUUGAACUUCUCACCGCGGGUUGAAGAUAUCCAGAUACACGUUUUCUCUGAUGCAUCUGAAGCUGGAUUCGGAGCAGUCGCCUACCUGAGGUACACGGCCGAAAAUGAACAACCAACCUCGUCGCUGUUAGCUGCAAAAACCAGAGUCGCGCCGAUAAAACCUGUUCUGUCGAUCCCAAGACUUGAGCUUCAAGGGGCACUACUCGCUGCGAGACUGGUAAAAUCACUAAAGAAAGAGCUGGAUCUAGCAAUCACAACCUCAACCUACUGGACAGAUUCAACUACCGUCCUGAGAUACUUAAAAAACGAAACCAAACGCUUCAAGUCAUUCGUCGCGAAUAGGAUCUCCGAGAUUUUGGAAACAACUCAACCAGAACAAUGGCGAUAUGUUCCAACCAAAUUGAAUCCUGCAGAUUGCUGUUCGCGUGGCGUCAAGGCAUCAACCCUCUGUAAUGAUCAACAAUGGCAGGAGGGACCCGUAUUUCUACAACGCAAAGUUGAAGAUUGGCCAAACCUGGACAACAACGAUAGCCUGCAGGGAGUUACAGCAGAUGAUCCAGAAGUGAAAAAGAUCGAAAACAAGUCAGUGAAUGCCGUCACUGCCAAGGGAGAUGACAACAAGGCUACACCAACGACGCUAGAUCUUACUUGCUUACUGGAUCCGUCGCAUUUCUCCUCAUGGAACAGACUCAUCAGAAAAACUGCCUGGCUGAACCGAGCGAUAUGCAAUUUCACCUCCGUCGUUCCGCGUCUUGCAUCAAGAGUCGUCAGAUCUCCAAGUAUAAAGGCUGCUGAAUACCAAGAAGCUGUAGAGUUCUGGAUCCGUACUGCGCAACAAGACCGGUUCCGAGAUGAGAUAGCCAGCCUCAGAAAUCACGAAGCAUUGCCGCCGAAAAGUAAACUCGCCCAGCUGAUGCCUAUCUUUGAUGAAACCAACAACUGUCUCCGCGUCGGGGGUCGUCUCAGAAAGGCUGACAUUCCAACCGAAGCCAAGUAUCAGUUGAUCUUACCUGCCGAUCAUGCUGUGACGUUGCUGCUCUUCAACGAUACCCACAGAACCAACUCUCACUGUGGUCGAGAACACCUCUUGGCCAUGAUGAGGCAACGGUACUGGCCUGUUAACGCUAGAGUUUUGGCGAAGAAAACAAUCCGAUCCUGCUUGCUGUGUUGGAGACGCUACGUACAACCAAUCGUUCCGAGAAUGGCUGAUCUCCCUAAAUGCCGCCUAUCCGUCACAGCCGGGCCAUUCUACCAUACUGGUUUGGAUUACUUCGGACCCAUGAUGAUAAAAGUUCGGAGAUCGACGUCAGUCAAGAGAUGGGGUUGUCUCUUCACCUGCCUGGGAACCCGAGCCGUCCACAUUGAACUUGCCGAGUCCCUUGAAACCGACAACUUCAUUCUCUGUCUCCGUCGAUUUAUUGGUAGGAGAGGACAUCCAAAGACAAUCCAUAGCGAUAACGGUACCAACUUCCGUGGGGCUGACAAUGAGCUGAAGAACUGCCUACUCAAGCUGCGCCAGUCUAAGGUCCAAGAGUUCCUCUCUCCCCUCGGUGUGGAAUGGAUAUUCAACCCUCCAGCCAGUCCACACAUGGGCGGGAGUUGGGAAAGUCUUGUGAAGUCCGUCAAAGCCGCCUUGAAAGCCGUCCUGCCGAAACAUCAACUAGCUGAAUCCGUCCUAAGAACAGCUCUCGUCGAAGUUGAAGCCGUAGUCAACAGCCGCCCAUUGACCCACAAUAGCAGCGAACCAGAUGAUCUGACAGCAUUGACUCCGAAUCACUUCAUCAUUGGUCGGGCCGUCAACGUCGGCGCUCCUGAUGUCGUGGUGGAUCGUGAAAUCGAUAGCAGAAAAAGAUGGCGUCAAGCUCAAGUGAUUGCCGACCACGUUUGCCGAAGAUGGGUCAAGGAAUAUCUACCUACCCUGACUGUCCGACGUAAAUGGUUGAAGGAGGAACGCAGCCUAGCUCCUAAUGAUCUCGUUAUCGUCCAAAACGAUCAUCUACCUCGUGGCAGUUGGGAAAUGGCUAGAGUGCUCGACAUUUACCCAGGGGAUGAUGGGAGAGUCCGAUCGGUGUUGCUGAAAUCUGCGAAGUCUACCUAUGUGAGGCCGGUGUCCAGGAUCUGCUUACUCGAGGAAAACGUCAAUGAUGAACAUUAGCGAACCAGGAAAGCCGCUACGAUAUGAACACUGAACACUGACAGUUCAUGUUUUUCAAGGAUUCGUGCAAAUCAGGUUUUAGGAGACAUGUGGCAUUGAGUUUCAAUUUUCCUUAUGUCCAAUCACCAAAUUUUGUGGACUAACAGAGUUGAUUAGCACUCUUGUUUUAAACGAUUUACUCAAUGACAUAUUUCUCUUGAAAGCUGAUUUUAUCUUCUCACUGUUAUGUGUUGCAUUUGAUGUGCUGGUAACCUCUCAAUGCAAUGCAUCUCAUUAGUAAAUUUAUAGGAUAGUUCCAAAGAAACGCUUUGGAUUGUAAAUUAUGGAUAGCUCCAUUCUGGAUGAAUCCAAAGAAACGCUUUGGAUCGGAGCUUGUGCAAUGUUGUGGUGUUUAAGUUAUACGGACGUCAGACAUGAUACAUUGAAUCACAGGGUUGAAGUUUAUUUACUCUCUUUUAAAUUUGGGAAGUUUCAAUCCAUAUUUGGAGAUGAGUCCUAAAUUUAAAAUUUCUGCUCAAAUUGAGUAAAAUUCUCUACUCCAUUUAACCCUGUGCUGUCGCUGUCAAUCAUGGCCGUAUUCUGUAUGUUCAUCCAUGUUCGCUUGUGAUCGAAGUGAAGUUAACUUGAAUCAGACUCAUUUGCUUGAUUAUUGUAGCAGUCUGCGGGUGGACACAUUAUUACCGGUUACAAUCAAUUUAUUUUUCAUUCUUUUCUUUUUGGCCAAAUUCUCAAAAUUAUUUCAUAAAGUAUUUACAACAACUUUAUAUUCCUCUGUGUCCUUCCUGGGAUUUGCUGCCAAAAUCUGGUUCUGGAGUCCUGUAUUCUUGUGUACUUCUGAACUGCCAACACUGGUAGAAAGGACUAUAUGCCAAUAUUGUUCGAAGGACUGACAAUGUUAGGCAGAACUGACUUCAAGAUUGGACAUUGAAUAUAUUUCCGGUUGAUUCUGUCACUUCCCUGCAGAAUAGUAAUGACGAUUAAUGGUUCCUUCUAAUUUCAAGGCUUUACUUUUCAUCUCAGGCUGGUCCUCUUUGGAGUGCUAUCAGUCCUAUUUUGUUAUUAUAAUCAUGAUUUUCAUUGUUCAGCAGGAAUGUAAACAGACAGUUUAUCAACACUAGCAUGUUUGCUAUUAAGCUUCACUGCCUAUGGCUCAAGCUUCAAUGCCAUUUUCAUGGCUUUAAUUUGCUUUACUGCCAUACGGCUCAAGCAUACUUAAAUUUGCUUUUACUGCCAUACGGCUCAAGCAUACUUAAAUUGGCUCUAUACUGCCACACGGCUCGAGCAUAUUUAUCAAACUCUUACUGCCCAUCGGCUUUGAGUUUGGUUUUUUGGUGCACUCGUAUUAUUAACGUAAAAUUUACACCUUCUUGCUAAGGUUUUUGGACGCUAAUUCUCGCACGCCUUUUCAAGGUUAACGCACCGUUUGUUUGGAUGUGAUCAAUUUGACUCUGUCAGGGGGGCGGCAAUGUUGGUGACCCAAUUUUAUUUUCUAAACCUCACUAUUUAUUUCUGUGCUGCCAUCUAGCCAUAAACUUUCAAACUUUAAAAGGUGUCAUUCUGAGCAUGCUCAGGCAGUUGCAAUCCGGCCACCAUCUUUGAAAGUUCCUUAUUUUACAAUCUCCACAAAAACAUCAAAUUUAUAUGGUUUCAACCAUACUUUCCCCACUAUUAAAUACCAACAACUUAAGAGGGCCUCUCAGAGUCAUUGACUGAUAGUGAUUGAUUGCUUUAACCCUGUGUUUGUUGAAGACAGCACCUGUUGAAUAUAAGGGACCGCCCUGUGAACUCCGUUUGAAGUUGCAAUGAAGAGGGCCUCUCAGAGUCAUUGACUGAUAGUGAUUGAUUGCUUUAACCCUGUGUUUGUUGAAGACAGCACCUGUUGAAUAUAAGGGACCGCCCUGUGAACUCCGUUUGAAGUUGCAAUGGAGGGCAGCACCAGUAAGGGCUUCAUUUCUGGAGACAAGCAGCUUGGAAAGUGAGAAUCUGAGAACUGUUUUACAAAAAUAGGAUUUUCUCUAGAUUUUCGUGGUGA